AUGAUCAGCCACGGGUACAUCCGGCGCAUGGUCCAAGCAUUUGAAGACGCUUCAUUCGCACAAGCAUUCGGCAGCCCGGUCCAUGCCCUGGAAAAUUGGUUCUCGGAGCUCGACGUCGACUGGGUUCUCCAAAUCCACGACGAGCAAGGAUUUCGGCGGCUGCUUCGAGACAAGUCGGCGAUGACGCAAGAAUUGGUCAAGAAGUGGAUCCGGGCUCUUAUCGUAAUUGUCGCCAGUAUCACUGAGUCUGUAUUCCCCUUCCCCACGACGGCAGCGGACGCACGGUUUGUCAAAGCGAGCAUCACCGAGAUGCUUGAUGUCGUGGAUGUUAUCAUCACCGCUCUCGAAGCGGAGAAGAAGCUACAGGUCGUGCUUGACAUGUUUACCGGUGUCUGUGGUGCGUCACACAUACUUACGCCGGUCGACAUCUCUUCAUCAGAAGGCCAAAGCAUUUUCAACGUGAUAGGCAACAUGUUAGAGAGACAAGCAAACAGGCUAAGCGAGAUGAUAGCAAGCACGAUGGAGGAAGUGAGGACACUCGUGGAGGAAGAUGAUGACUCAUGGGCUAUGGAGAUCUCGCGAGGAGGAGGCGAAAUUCACAACAUCACUCAGUUCAUCAUGAAUUGCAUAGUAUCCAUGAUGAAUGCACACACUUCAACGCAAAACACUGCACCGAGCCACCACACUGAAAACCUUGGUGGCUUGAUCAAUGGCACAAUCAAUUAUCUCAAGGGUCUGCUCUUCACAAAAUCCGAGUCAUGCUCGGAUCAAAGCCUCAGGUACUUGUUCCUGCUCAACAAUACCUAUUUCGUAGCUCAUGUGGUGUCUGAGUCAUCAGAUAGUUAUCUCGAUGUUUCUUGGGGACAUGUGCUCUCCUGCAUACCAAAAUCGAGAUUUCCUGGACCGAUCCAUUGUUGGAUCAACACCUCUUCACUGGCCAAAUUCGAGUCGUCAUUUCACAAAACGUACCAGACUCAGAAGUUGUGGAAGGUUCCAGACCCUCAGCUCAGAGAUGAGCUGAGGACAGUUAUCACCCAAAGAGUCGUUUCAGGGUACCACAGCUACCUAGAGGAGCAUCCAGAGCUGGAGAAACAUGUUGGCCGCGAAAGCAGCAGUCCUGAAGUUUUGCAGGAGAUGUUGGGAGAGCUAUUUGAAGGCUGA